UCGCGGCGCGGGUAGGUAGGGACGGCCGACGGCGGCGGCCGGCGGGCAGGCAGAUUGUUUGCUGAAGCACGCCAAGUGAAGUGGCAUCUGUAUAUAUACAGAUGAAGCACUACCACGCUAACCGCACGCUCUAAACGAAAGUCCAACGCCAAGCGCGCCUGGACCGUGAACCGAGCAAGUCAAACCAUGCACGUGCCGCUGUUGCUGGGCUCCCUGGCCGUCUCCGUCGUGGUGUGGUGCCUCCUGCUCCGCCGCGGCGGGGACGGGAAGGGGAAGGGGAACGGGAAGCGGCCGCUGCCGCCCGGUCCCCGGGGCUGGCCGGUGCUGGGCAACCUGCCGCAGGUGGGCUCUCAUCCGCACCACACCAUGUACGCGCUUGCCAAAGAGUACGGCCCACUGUUCCGGCUCCGGUUCGGCAGCGCCGACGUGGUGGUGGCCGCGUCGGCGCGGGUGGCGGUCCAGUUCCUGCGCGCCCACGACGCCAACUUCAGCAACCGUCCUCCAAACUCCGGAGCAGAGCACAUGGCGUACAACUACCAGGACAUGGUAUUCGCGCCCUACGGCUCCCGGUGGCGCGCGCUGCGGAAGCUGUGCGCGCUCCACCUCUUCUCCGCCAAGGCCCUGGAUGACCUGCGUGGCGUCAGGGAGGGCGAGGUGGCGCUCAUGGUCAGGCAGCUCGCCCUGCACCAGCACCAGCACGCCGGCGUGCCGCUGGGCCAGGUGGCCAACGUCUGCGCGACCAACACGCUGGCCCGGGCCACGGUGGGGCGGCGCGUGUUCGCCGUGGACGGAGGGGAGGAAGCCAGGGAGUUCAAGGACAUGGUGGUGGAGCUGAUGCAGCUCGCCGGGGUCUUCAACGUCGGCGACUUCGUGCCUGCGCUGGCGUGGCUCGACCUGCAGGGCGUGGUCGGCAAGAUGAAGAGGCUGCACCGCAGGUACGACGACAUGAUGAAUAGCAUCAUCAGGAAGAGGAAGGCCGCCGAGGAAGGCAAGGACCUGCUCAGCGUGCUGCUGGCCAGGAUGCGGGAGCAGCAAUCGCUCGCGGACGGCGAGGACAGCAGGAUCAACGAGACUGGCAUCAAAGCACUCCUCCUCGACCUCUUCACGGCGGGGACGGACACGACGUCCAGCACGGUGGAGUGGGCGCUGGCCGAGCUGAUCCGGCACCCGGACGUGCUGAAGAAGGCCCAGGAGGAGCUGGACGCCGUCGUCGGCCGCGACCGCCUGGUUUCCGAGACCGACCUCCCGCGCCUCACGUACCUGACGGCGGUGAUCAAGGAGACGUUCCGGCUGCACCCGUCCACGCCGCUGUCGCUGCCCCGCGUCGCCGCCGAGGAGUGCGAGGUGGACGGGUUCCGCAUCCCCGCCGGCACCACGCUGCUGGUGAACGUGUGGGCGAUCGCCCGCGACCCGGAGGCGUGGCCCGAGCCGCUCCAGUUCCGCCCCGACCGCUUCCUCCCGGGCGGCUCGCACGCGGGCGUCGACGUCAAAGGGAGCGACUUCGAGCUCAUCCCGUUCGGCGCCGGCCGCAGGAUCUGCGCAGGGCUUAGCUGGGGCCUGCGCAUGGUCACGCUCAUGACGGCCACGCUGGUGCACGCCCUGGACUGGGACCUCGCCGACGGCAUGACCGCGGACAAGCUAGACAUGGAGGAGGCAUACGGGCUCACCCUGCAGCGCGCCGUGCCGUUGAUGGUCCGCCCAACACCCAGGCUGCUGCCGUCUGCAUACGCAGCGGAGUAGGGGGGAAAAAGACUCUCGCUGGCUGUCCCGUAUCCAUGUCCGUCCGUACGCAUCCAAAUAUUGUUCUAAUCUACUAGUUAUUUGGUUUUCUUUUACAAUAAAUUAGCAAAUAAUGUUUUCAGCUAUAGCUUUUAUGCUAAGCGAACAUGUUGUACAUGGAUUGUAUACUCUUGUAUUAGUACAGGAUGUUUAUCUUCAAAAUAAAAGUAGUACUCCCUUUGCCCCGAAUUACCAAA